GCCGCCGGCAGGCCGCGCGGCGGAUGAACGCUGUCAGUAUCAGUGAAUUCCACUGCCUGCGCGUGAGCUGCGCCCUGCUCAGCAUCGUGGCGGGGUGCAUCAUCAUUGGGGUGUCCCGAGACUGCGGCGCAGAUGCAGUGGGGGGCAUCUUCCUGGGAGCAGGCGGGCUGGGUCUCAUCAUCUCCAUCUACCCUUUUAUAAAAGCCUGGUUCAACUUCAAUCACAUUUUGCCAGUUCUAGGAAAUUUUCGUGUUCACCCCAGGCCCCACCUCAGCAACGCAGAACAACCGGCAGAAGCAUUUAAACGAGAAGGGUUGCAAGAAAAAGAACUUGUCCCCCCACCCCCCUUGUGUUUGGAUUACGAUGCUGAAGUGAAAUGUCCGAUGUCAACACAAGCCCACCUGGAUCAAGAACUGUCGAAGAGCAGAAUGGGAACAUUCCAGGAUGCCCAGACUAAGGAUUUGUCACCAGAAGAGGGGCCUUCGUCGGACACGCCUGACAUCAUCGCCAAACGGAAGUUCAAACAGUCGCCGUCCGAUUCAGAUGACCAUUGAUCUCCAAGAUAUCUCAACAAGGUUUUGGAAAAAUGAAACCCUUUUUGUAAAGGGUAAAUGCUUUACAGCAAAGGAAAUGAAACAUGAUGUAUGCAGCAACUUGGAGGUUCUGCGUUGCCCUUUUGGU